UCCGCUGGGAUUUUUUUUUCCUCCCUUUCCUACAGAGCCUUCCCACGCCCCAGUUCCCUCCCUCUCUAUCCAGCUUGGAAUUUUUUUUCAUAUAUUACUAUUCUGAUUUUUUUUAAGCGGUGGACAGAGAGAGGGAGAGACAGUAACGGAGAGGACAGGAGGAAAACGCUCUGUACGUCCUUUCCGCCACCACCACCCCGAUUUGCGGAGAGGGGUCGGGCCAAGGGGCGGCGGAAUCAGCCCCUUUCUCCCGGGGAGGCGACCCCGACUCGGGGAGCCGCCGGAGGUAGCCGCUGCGAAGAGGGGGCGCAGGAAAAGAGAUGCAUUGAAAGUUUCCGCGCAAACUUUGCCGUGAGUGCGCGAAUCCGAGCGAGCGCGGCGCGGGUGCCUGCCUGCCCCGACGCGGGGAGAGCGCCGCGGACGGGCGCCGCUGUGGAGCUCGGACUGCCCGGCGGCGGGGGCCGGGCGGCGGCAGUGCGGCCGCGGAGCCUGCGCUCGGCCCGGCGGAGCGCCCACGGAAAGCAGCAGCGGGGGCCGGCGGAGAGCCGGGCUUAUGGAGGGGUGAAACCGGAGACCCCGAAGAGGAACACCCCUUACCCCGCAACCUUUCGCAGCGCCCGGCCGGCGGCACCCCAGGAGGCGGCGGUGGGCACGGAGGAGGAGCGGGCGAGAGCGCGGGGCGGCGGCGGCGGCGGCAGCGGGGCGGCGGCGGCGAGGCGGAGCACGGCGGGUCCCGCUUCGCGGCGUGCGCCGGCAACCAUGAACUUUCUGCUCACUUGGAUCCGCUGGGGGCUGGCGGCGCUGCUCUAUCUGCAGAGCGCGGAGUUAUCGAAGGCUGCGCCGGCCCUGGGGGAUGGGGAGCGGAAACCCAAUGAAGUUAUCAAAUUCCUGGAAGUCUACGAGCGCAGCUUCUGCAGGACUAUUGAGACCCUGGUGGACAUUUUCCAGGAGUACCCUGAUGAGGUGGAGUACAUAUUCAAGCCAUCCUGCGUGCCUCUGAUGAGAUGUGCGGGUUGCUGCGGCGAUGAGGGCCUAGAAUGUGUCCCUGUGGAUGUGUACAACGUCACAAUGGAGAUCAUGAGAAUUAAACCCCAUCAGAGUCAGCACAUAUCACACAUGAGCUUCUUACAGCACAGUAAAUGUGACUGCAGACCAAAGAAAGAUGUCAAAAACAAACAAGAAAAAAAAUCAAAACGAGGAAGGGGGAAGGGUCAAAAGAGAAAGCGCAAGAAAGGCCGGUACAAACCACUCAGCUUUCACUGUGAGCCUUGCUCAGAGAGGAGAAAGCACUUGUUUGUACAAGAUCCCCAGACCUGUAAAUGUUCCUGCAAAUUCACAGACUCACGUUGCAAGUCGAGGCAGCUUGAGUUAAACGAGCGCACUUGCAGAUGUGAAAAACCAAGACGGUGAGCAGCGGAAAAGAAGGGGAAACAGCCCUGUUUCUGGAGCCUGAUUUCUCGCCUGGACAGAAUAAAACAAAACAAAACACUAAUCCAAAUGAACCCUAAAAAUGAAGGAUCGGUAGAGCACAGCACUUUCAGUACGGACGAUGGACUCCGGAAGGAACAUUCCCCAAGGCACCCGCCGCACAGAAUUCACCUUUGGGUUUUGAACUGUUUUAUUUUAUUUUUCUUUUUAUGCUGCUAAAUAACAGAGCCAGGAAGACUUAUAGGGGUGUAUUUGAUGGGUUUUCCCAUGCAUACAUAUAUAUGUGUGUAUACAUGCAUAUACAUAUAUAUAUAUGUAUAUAUAUUUUAACCACAUCUAUAUAUACAUAUAUGUAUAUCUUAACCACACACACACACACACAUAUAUAUAAUAUAUAUAUAUAUAUAUAUACUGAUUAUUUUUUUUAACAUUGCUAAUGUUAUUGGUGUCUUCACUGGAUAAUACUCGACUGCUGUGGACACAAGCGGGCUACUUGGGGCAUAAGAAACAAGCUAAGACUGGACUUGAGUAGAAGCGCUGGGUGUAAACUUCUUAACUCUAACUGACUUGUGCGGCCUCCGCUGUUUCUCUGUAGAGUGUGCUGUACCACAAACCACCUUCUCCUUACCUGGGACAGGGAGGAGAGGUGAUGGAGAGGAUGGGCAGGGCGUUCCAAAGAGCGGCAUCCUAGGGUGCGAUGGGUCAAAGGCCAAGGAAAUGGCCAUCUCCGUGAUCAAGGAUUCCUCCUCCCCUCUCUUCCCCCAACCUUCGCCCUUACUCGUCUCAUAACCUGCCUGCCUUGCCGGGACAUGGGAUGUCAGUGUACAUUUUGCGUUGACUUUAUUCGCUGUAGAACCUUUGCCAGAGAGUCAUGCUGGCUUCUCUUAAGGAUGGUGGGCAGCUGAUGCGUACUGACUUUCUGUUCAAGGAAUUAUCACAGGAGUCUAGAUUUCCCGCCCUUGGUGGCUGCAGAAGGACACAAGGUCUACAGUGUGCUGAAGCAAGAAUGGGGACCGGUGCAUAGCCACACAGUUGUUCAGCACUGUCUGCUUUCUUCAUGCACAGAGCUGCCACUCAAGAGCAUCCAAGAUGCUUAUGGAACAUUUCUGGAAAGGGAUAUUAAUCAGAAGUAUAUACACAGUAGUGGGGGUGUGUGUGUAUGUAUGGGAAUGUAUGCAUUUGUGUGUAUGUAUGUAUGUAUGUAUGUGUUUUUCUCUCUUUUUUAUAUAUAUAUAUUUAUUUUUAUACAUAUAUAUAUAUAAAAAAAUAAUAUAUAUGUAUGCCAAGAUUGAAGAGGGGAAAAAAGAAAGCAACUUUUGCUGCCUUCAGUUUGCGUGCCCAGUGUGAAUGACCCUGAAGAACGUCAAGUUUUUUUUUUAAUGACGUACUGUAAAUAUCAGGCCCCUUUUCCAUGUCUUGGGCUGGGGAAUCAAAUGUGAAGACAGCUGGAGUCCCUUAGCUAUGUCGUGAGGUUCUUGGCUAUGUGUGUAUCUGCAGUGUAGGCUGUGGUGUACUUGAAACCCACCUUACACACGUGCCCACACACACACACACCCCUGAAAGUGUGUUUGUACAUCUAUGUGGAUAUAUAUAAUCUAGUUCUGUGAUUAAAAUUAUUAUUAAUAAUAAUAAUAAUCAAAAAGGUACUCGGUCUGUGUCAGAAUGCUGCCAAACAUCAUCUGCAAUUGAAUUUUCAACGCCUGAUAAUGUACAACAUGGAAAGCUUCCAAAAAGACAAGACAGUCUAAAAACAGACUCACAACAAGCGACUACUAACCACUAGGAUCUCCCCAUCCGACUGAUGGCUUUCAGAAGGAGAGAAAACACACGGGUGGGUGCUUGCAUCUGCAAUGUAGAAUACUCAUGCUGCAUCGUGUGCAAGACAGAGGCUUCCGAUUGGGGGAGGGAAGAGAAAGUGUUUUAUAUACUUAUUUAAUAUCCCUUUUAAAAUUAGAAAUUAAACAGAUAAUUUAAUUAAAGAGUAGGGAUUUUUCAGUAUUCUUCGUUAAUAUUUAAUUUCAACUAUUUAUAAGCCGUACCUCCUUUUUUCUUUUUUUUUUUUUUUUUUUUUUUUUUUGUACUGGUUGUGUAUAAAUUUAACCUUCCUGUUGUCCCAUCCCGUCUCUCCCCAAUUGUUGGCAGAGUCAGUAGCAUGUUAUGGGCAGUUAUUUAAUUAAUUUCUCUAACACCUACCCCUACACAUUCCUAUUGAGACAACGGUUAGAUAUACAUCUACAUACUAUAUAUAUAUUUGGCUAUGUGUUUGUAUAUAUAUAUAUGUUUAUGUAUAUGUGUGAUUCGGAUUAAAUAGACACUACAAUUUUUUUAUAUAUGUAAAAAGAAGAAACAGGAAAAAAUAGAAUAUUCUACAUCUUGAAUCUCUCUCCUUUUUAAUUUUAAUAUUUGUUAUCAUUUUAUUUAUUGGUGCUACUGUUUAUCUGUAAUAAUUGCGGGGAAAAAAGAUAUUAACACUACAUAUUGUGUCUAGUGAAUUUUUUCAAGAUAUUCCAUAGUACAUAUUUAUUUUUAAACAAAGAAAUUACAGAUAUAUCUUAAAACAACAACGACGACAACAAACAAACCUUUUUUGUAUUAAAGAAUUUAAUUCUGACCUUGAUUUCCUUUGCCUUCUCCUUCUGCCUUGCAUCCUGGUUUUCUUCCAUUGUGUAACAGUUUCUCCAGCAUUGCCUCUGGAGGCUACAGGGCAACAGCAACCUACCAGUUGGACUCUUGGAUUUGUGCCCAGAGCUUCCAAAAGCACCUAGGUACCUGAAACCCACUGAAAUGAAUGGGAGGUAGGCACCAGAAUCCUUGUGUGGAGCUCAGCCAGAGUUCCCUGCUUGGUGAGAAGAGGGUGGUGUGAUGGGCAGGACCAAGGGGGCAGGACUCCUGGGUUCCUUCCCAGCGUGAUGCCAAGCAGUGUGGUGAUGGUCCCAACCCUGCCUCUCUUGUCAGGAGUCAAGUCCCAUGAGCUAAGUACUGUACAGACAUGAGUAGAUGCAAUCCUGGUGGAAUUUACAAUCCAAGGUGAAAGUAAUGCUGUGAGCCUGCCCUUUCUGGUAAUGGACUUGGUGUUUGCAGUUGGAUCUGUGUGCAUGUAACACGCUGUCAGUGAUGGCUCAGCCAGACCUUGCCAUCCUGGAUGACUUUGAACAAAAACCUGUUUAGUUCUGACAGUGCUCAUCUCUUCAUGAGGGAUCUUGAUACCAUUGCAUCUUUUGUGAUGUGCUUUGGGGUCUAGGAGGAAAAACUUUGGCAGUGGUGUAAUUUCCUCAUUAUCCAUGGAGAUGCAUGUGUCACGUGUCAGUCAUCUGUCCACACUGGAAAGGAGCAUGCAGGAUGUUUCCUGAACGUCUGGGAGGCGACUCAGGGUAAUACAGACCACUGAGUUCAUGGCUGCAUCAUUCCUGCUCUUGCGAAGGUAAAGAAUCUGGCUUCUGUUUAGGAUGGACUCAAGUAGCUCAACAGGUGGACCAUCAGUCACUGCCUCAUCAGAGAGUGGAGCAGAGGAAAGAGGAUGAGUACCUGAGGACAUUUUGUUUCACUGUAUUCAGUAACGUCUUGUGGAUUGCAGGAGUGAGGUGGGAACAUAAGCCACCUGGAUGUUUCUGCAUGAGGAACCCAAAGGAGUUGCUUCCCUUCUAUAUUCACCACUGGCUUUUUUUCUGUGUGGAUCUAUGGCUGUUCCACUUGUGGCUGUGCAAAGUGAUGAAGACAGCAAGCCUAUCCUCAGGAGACCUGCUCUGCCUCUGUGAUCUGGGAAAUGUUUACAAGUCAUCAAAUUGGAAAAAUUGAAACCCUCAGGUAAGUGCUUCUCCCCUGGGCUGAGCUGGAUGUGAAAUCUCAGCAUGAAGGACCCAGGUCUCCUGUAUGGAUGAGUCAGCAUGUUCCUGUCAGUCACAAAACAUCAAAGCAUCAUCAGCAUGUCAAACCCAACACAUCAAAUUCUGUCCCACCAAUGGCGAGCUGGACUGGCUACUCCUGGUGCCCCUCUCUUUUCCUACCUCUAAGGGCUCAGAAGAAGUAGGAUAUCUGCAGAGCGAGAUGACCUGGUAGACACGUACUUCAUGAGACAGUGGCCGGAUGGCAUAUUUCAGAUGGGACAGCUCACAGAAUUUGUGUGGAUGCAGCAGAGCCAAGGUAGCUGCCUUAAACAUCAGGAAGACCCUGCCCAAGCCAGCUCUGGUGAGGGUUACCUGGGGCCCUGGAAGCAGUCCAACUCUUUAUUCUCCAUGGUGGGUAUAACUGGGCUGUCAUC